CACUGAUGUUUGCGGUGUGCUAUCAUAAAACAGUCAUAAAAAUAUAACCUACAAUAUUAUAAAUGUGUUAACAGUAAUUCAUACACUUUUUGCAAUUGCUUGUGAUGAUUACCAAAAAAUCUCGUAAGCAACUUCGUAAAGAAGAAAGAAAGCAGAAGAAGGCCCGCAAAAACGACUUUUUUGCUAACAAGAAUAAGGGCAAUUUUGUGAACGCUUCUGUCCAAAAAACUACCAAUGUUGAUAAACAAAAACUCAAAAAAUCUUCUAAAAAAUCUAAUAUUUCUAGUGAAUCGGAUCGUGUUAAGCAAGAAAAGUUGGCUGAAGAUGUUGGACGAUCUUUGAAGAAAGAGAAACGAGAACAAAAUAAAUUAGAGAAGCAAAUGAAAAAACAGAGAACUGAAGUUCUUAAAAAGGCAAAUUUAGAAGAAGAUCGCACCAUAAAACAACUUGAAAAACAACUUAAACUUAACAAAAGGAAAUCAAAAUCUGUUCCCAAAUCUUUUGUGGAUGAUGGUUUAGAUUAUUUACUGGAAGUUUGUGAUUCUGAAAAUCUAGCAGGAAUUGCUGCUGCUGAACAACAGUUCAUGGAAGCUGAUAGCGAUUUUGAAGAAGAUUUUACGUUAAUGAGUGGAAAUGAUUUAAAGUUGAAGUCCAAAAGAAAAAUAAAAGAUAAAGAAGUGCAGAAAUAUUCUAGUGAACCUGACAGCAGUUUAUUUGAUACAACCCAAAAGGAGGACGACUUCUUUGUAAGAAAGAAAAAAAAAAUACAAAAAGACUUUGAUGAGGAAUUACUAAAUGAAAAUAAAGAGGAAGAAGUUAGUAAAGAUUUGAAUGAAGAACAAGAUGGGCAUAUUAGUUUCGAUGCUUCUGACACUGAUUCAAAUUCAGAAUUCAAUAAUAAAUUAUAUAAGGGAAAAAAUAAAAAACAGUUGAUGUUGAAAGAUGACAAUUCAUCUGAAAAUGAUACAUCUGAAGAAGAACUGUGUGAAAAUGGUGAAGAUAGUGUCAGUGAUAAAGAACCAGAAGUAAAUUAUGAAGAUAAUAUUGAAGAGAUAGAAUCUAAAGAAAAGCAAGAAGUUUGGGAAGACAUAUAUGGCCGUUUAAGGGGAAAAAAUGGUUCUAUUGUACAGAACAACGAAAGAAAGUACAUUCCACCGGCAGUAAGGGCCAAAUUAGAAGCUGAUGCAACUGGAGGUAAAAAUCAAGAAAAACUAAACAGGCUAAAACGUGAACUCAAAGGACUUAUUAACAGACUGGCAGAAGCAAAUAUGCAUAAAAUAGCUGUUAAAAUUGAGCAACUUUAUAUGGCGAAUAGUAGAAAUGAUAUGAAUCAUACUUUAACUAAUUUAAUAUUUGAAGCAUUAUUAUCGCCAGUAUUGACCCCAGAACGAUUUGUUAUCGAACAUAUAAUGUUAAUAACCAUUUUACAUGCCAACAUCGGUGUUGAAGUGGGUAAGUUAUCCAUUAUUUAUGCAUGACAUUGAAUAAUAGAUUACAGAAAAUUAAAUAAAAGGAAGUAUGAAUAUAGACUCGUACUAGUACAUUUCUUUUUUUUUUAAUUGUAAACUCAUUAAACGUACUAUUUACACAAAAAAUAAUAACCUUCCAUUUUAAAGAAACAUUAUUCACUUUGGAAGUGGAUUGUUUGCACGUAAAAUUACAGAUUUCUGUUAUUGCUACAAUAGUCUAGCCGACACACUCGGAAGAAAGUCACGGAGAUAGCCGAACGUCGAAUGAAAAUGUAGGACAUUACCUAUAUAGCAAAAACAGUUAAAAUAAAAAAAAAUUCUAGGGCAGCCAAAACCUUACUAAAUCCAUCAAUACUAUGUGUACAUCGUAUCUGCAUACGUAUGCCCCCCUUUUGUAACAUAAUUUUGUGUUCGGCUGCAUUCGUCACGCCGUUAGAUAUAACAGCUAGACUCUCGUAAAGUAACCACAAAAAAAUUGUUCUCUCAGCCAAAACUAGUGCAUCUCUAAAAUAUGUAUGCCUGUUUGUUUAUAUUGCUAAUUACAGGUGUUUAUUUUGUUGAUUGUAAAUGACUAUUGUAUAUUAAACAACUUUUGUUACCGUAAACAAAUCGAUAG